AUGCCCCCAGACCCUUUUGGGCUGCGUGGGCAACGUGGCCGUCACGCCUCCUGCGGCGAAAAAGGCUGCGUCCUGCUGUCUCACCUUGGCAGUACCGCAGCUGCUACUCACAGGGGCAACCCACAGACCGCUCAGCACGGGGGCUUUCACCUGCUCCGUCACCGACCUGGGUUGGUUCGCCCCUCCCUAGACGACCUGGUGCGCCCAGGCUCCCCAAGAAGCACCACGUCGAUGCUGACCGUCACCAGGACUCCCGUUCGCCAUAGCGCGCCACGGCACCGGAACCCGCGGCUCGAGCAGUCCAGCAGCCUCGGUCUCCCAGGCGCAAGGAUUACAGACGUGCGCCACCACGCCCAACCUGAAAGCUGGCUCGUGCAGCAACAGCGCCUGUGCACCAGGAAGUCUGACUGCAGGAAGGCAGAAGAGGAGAAGCACUGGCUGUGGAGUCCUCAGAACCAGUGUGUGGAAAUAACAUCUUUUCAGCCACCAAAUCUGAGCUGCAAGAAGAUGCAGAAGAUCAUCGUAAUAUCAAGACCUCUCAGAAUUUUUGCAGUUUGCAAGCACCGAAUGUUAAUGUUGCUUUUUCUUCGUUCCCGGGACCAGUUUGCCUAUGACGAAGCGCGAACAGUUGACGUGCUCUUCUACAUCAAGGACAGAAAGACACAUAAGAAGAUUGACAGCAAACUAAACGUGACGCUAUACAACUGUGCUGUGGGCCGUGAGGACUGCAGCCUGUGCAAGAGUGCAGACCCCAUGUACAGUUGUGUGUGGUGCGAUAAAACCAAGUCCUCCGAGUAUCGGAAAAGAUGUCCGAGUGGUGAGCGGAGGAGGGACUGUCCCAACCCUGAAAUCACUGAUAUCAUACCUCAGUAUGGGCCUCUGAAAGGGGGGAUUUCAGUAACCAUCAAAGGCUCCAACCUGGGUAUCGUGAAAGAGGACAUAGAGAGCAUCAGAGUGGCCGGAGAGCCCUGCGUGCACCAGGAAGAGAAGUACUUCGUGUCCACCAGCGUGGUGUGUGAGAUCGGUGGAGUCCAACAGAAACAGUCAGGGGUUGUGGAGGUGAAGGUGAAAGGAGGGAAAAGCGGGACGUCGAGUGUCAUGUUCACAUACAGGGAUCCCAGACCCGAAAGGGUCCAGCCUAACCGAGGCCCACGGGCGGGAGGAACUCUUAUCACAAUAACAGGAACGGAUCUGGAAACCGGUACCAAGGAUGACGUCAGCAUCACUGUCGGCGGGGUGGUGUGUAUCGUGUUAUGCAAAUUUCUGCCACAAACUGCACCCACCGUUCCCGUCCACAGGGAGACAUUCCAGAAAAAUAUAACCUGCAAAACCGGAGAGUACACGGUACAGAAGGUCCCCUCUGAUAACCUGACAGUGACAGUGAAGUACGGGAAGCACACCACGAAAGAUGUGCCUACGCCGUUCAGGUUCUUUGAGAAUCCUAAACUGGAUCACCACUAUCCAGACACAAGUUUUGUAUGUGAGGGGCGGAUCAUUUUUAUCGUCGGCACCGGGUUUGACCUCGUCCAGAACACUGCCGUGAAAGUGAUGCCCUCCAGCGAGCAGUCAGGCGUCACCAGUCCACUGAAGUCUGAAGUGGAGGUAAAAGGCGAAAAUGACACAGUAAUGCAGUUCUCCUCCCCGACGGUGAACGUGACCGAUGGGAUAGCGUCUCUCAGGACCUACAUCGUCAUGGACAACAUUGAGCUUGAGCUCAAGCCUUUUGACUACCACCCGGAUCCUACGUUUGAAGAGAACCAAAAAAGGAUUGUUUCAGAGAACAGCAUCAUAUCUGUAACUGGUAAAGGUUUCGCCAAAGCAAUGACAGCCCAAGAAGCAGAAGCCUUUGUGGGAGACGUCUCUUGUGGGGUCAGCAUCUUACAGGAUGACAUGCUCUUCCUGGACUGGACCCAACCAACAUCUUGCUUUAAGAGGCCCAAGAGAGACACAAAGUCAGAUUUGCUGGAACUUAAGAUUAAGUUCGGCCAUGGGCAGUGGAUUGUAGGCUCAGUGGAGUAUGAAAAGAAGACUGAGGCAUCCUGGACAUCUCCCCUGGACAUCAUAAUUCCUGCAGUGAUUGCCCCGAUGGUGGGGAUCACCAUAAUCAUAAUCAUAGCCUCAGUGUGCUGCUACAGGAAGCAAGCUGAGAGAGAAUAUGAGAAACUGAGGCAGCAGCUCGAGAACCUGGAGGGGAGCGUUCGUGACCGCUGCAAGAAGGAGUUCACAGAGCUCAUGAUUGAAAUGGAGGACCACACCGGUGACCUCAGUGAACCCUGUAUCCCCUUCCUGGACUACAAGACCUACACAGACCGCGUUUUCUUCCUGCCUUUCAAGGACAGCGCCAGUGACGUGAUGAUCACUGGCAAGCUUGACAUUCCUGAGGCGAGGAGGGCCACAGUGACGCAGGCCCUCAACCAGUUCCUCAACCUGCUGAAUAGCAAGCCUUUCCUUCUCAGUUUCAUCCGCACCUUAGAGGGGCAUCCUGACUUCAAUGCCCAGUCAAAGGGCUACUUUGCCUCCCUGCUGACGGUGGCGCUUCACGGCAAGUUGGACUACUACACAGACAUCAUGAGGACACUCCUGUUAGAACUCAUGGAACAAUAUGCCCGGAGCAAGAACCCCAAGCUCAUGCUGCACAGGUCGGAGACAGUGGUGGAGAAAAUGCUGUGCAACUGGAUGUCUAUCUGUCUCUAUCAGUUCUUGAAGGACUCGGCAGGAGAGCCUUUGUACAAGCUGUUCAAAGCCGUCAAACACCAAGUGGAGAAAGGCCCAGUGGAUGCUGUCAUGAAAAAGGCCAAGUACACGCUGAAUGACACUGACCUGCUGGGGGACGACGUGGAGUACUGUACGCUGACUCUGCAGGUCCUCGUUCACGGGGAAGGGCCAGGUGUCACUUUGGUCAAGGUACUCAACUGUGACACCAUCUCCCAAGUGACGGAGAAGAUCCUUGAGCAAGUGUACAAAAAUGUGCCCUAUUCUCAGAGGCCCAAGGUGGAAAGCGUCACUCUCGAAUCUGCUGGGCAGAUUCUGUCGGACCUUGACUUGACAUCGCAAAAGGAGGGCAGAUGGAAGCGCAUGAACACUUUGGCCCACUAUGACGUGCGAGACAACGCCAUUCUCGUCCUGUCUAGGGUCCUGCAUCCUCUGCAGUCUUAUGACCAGCACCAGGACAGUCAUGAAGAGAGAAAUGCUCUGCUUGAAGAGGACAAGGUGUUCCACCUGGUGCGGCCAGCAGAGGAGGUGGAUGAGGUCAAAUCCAAGAGGGGCAACAUGAAGGACAAGUCGAUGACCAAAGCCAUCACAGAGCUUUAUUUGAUGCGGUUGCUGUCUGUCAAGGGCACUCUACAACAGUUUGUGGACGACUUCUUCCGCAGUGUCCUCUGUUCAUCCGUUGGGCCCCCAGCAGUCAAGUACUUUUUUGACUUCCUGGACGAACAGGCACAGAAGCACGACAACGUGGAUGACCAGACCAUUGACAUCUGGAAGACCAGCAGCUUGCCUUUGAGGUUCUGGGUGAACAUCCUGAGGAACCCCCACUUCAUCUUCGACAUUCACGUGAACGAAGUGGUGGACGCCUCCUUGUUUGUUAUUGUCCAGACCUUCAUGGAUGCCUGCACCAAGAGCGAGCGCAAGUUGAGCAGGGAUUCCCCGAAUCACAAAUUACUCUAUGCAAAGGAAAUCUCCACAUACAAGAAGAUGGUGGAGGAUUACUACAAGGGCAUCAGGGAGAUGGUGCCCGUCAGCAACCAGCAUAUGAACACCCACUUAGCGAAGGUGUCACGGUGAGGAGCCAGAAGAUCUUACCUUCAAAGGGGGUGUAGAUAUGGCUGCUUCGGAUGCGCUGUCCCCUCCAGGUGGCGUCCACUCCCAGUACUCUACCUUGUGUAACAGUUAAUAUGCUUACAUAAAACUUCGUUCACCAAAGAGAAUGCCAACACCUGUUGAGUGGAUGCCACCCACACUCCAGUAUGAUCUACCUUUCCUCCAACCCGAAGAGAAAAUGGCCACAUCCCGCUGAUCUCGAAGGUGGACUUCCUGUAAAAAACAUAACUGCAAGGCAGAGGCUGCCAGCCUGUCAAACAUCGCUGCUCUUUUCAAAACAUUCUUCAGUCCUCUGACAUUUAAGGUUAAAAUUUUAAAAUCAGCCAUAAAAGGGAGCAAAUUAGCAAAUGUUAUUGUUGCAAUCCAGAUAUGAUUUCUUUAGUAGGGGCCUAAUA